CAAUGACACGAUUCAGUUACGCGGAAUAUUUCUCUUUAUUUCGAUCAAAUAACACGAAACGAAACUCGUGGAAAACAACAUCAAAUGAGCGAGCUGCAAACCGCGAGGACACACAAUUGAUCUGUGCAGUGCGAGCAGCGGAUGACGUGACGUCAUCAGCGUGUGAAUCCGAGGACUGGACGGAUCUUCACGUAGCGGCUCAUCGCGGACACGCCGAUGCUCUUCAGGCUCUGCUGAGAGCUCGGCACACGUGUGUAGAUAAGCGCACGCUGCACGAACAGACGCCUCUCCUGCUGGCCGUUCAUGCUGGACACUUGGACUGUGUGAGGUUUCUUCUAGAAGCCGGAGCGGAUCCUGACAUCUGCAACAAAAACAAAGAGACGCCGCUUUAUAAAGCGUGUGAGCAGGAGUGUGUCCGCUCUGUGAAGCUUCUCCUGGCGUUUGGGGCGUCAGUAAACCAGCGAUGUCACCGAGGCCGGACAGCUCUACACGAGACUGUGAGACGAGACGACACCGAGCUCUGCGAGACGCUCAUGACGGCCGGAGCAUCUAUAGACGCCCGUGACGCUGAUGACAUCACGCCUUUAAUAGAGGCGGCACGACACGGACGGACACCAACUCUUACCUGUCUGAUCAGAAACGGUGCUGGUGUGAAUCUUCAGUCGUGUGAUGGAAACACCGCUCUCAGCGAAGCGUGUAGACACGGACACACAGAUGCCUUGAAGGUUUUACUGCAACAUCACGCUGAUGCCAACACAACAUCACGUGAAGGACUUCUGCCUCUACACGUGGCCACACAGCACGGACACACUCAGAUCGUGUCCCUAUUGAUGCCCAUCAGCAGCCGGGCAAAGGUUCGCCAGAGCGGCAUCUCACCCCUGCACGUGGCAGCGGAGCACGACCGGCGGGACAUCGUCAGAUUACUGAUUGAAUCAGGCUGCAACGUCAACACCAGACUCUCUGAUGAACGUUCAUCUGUGUUCCCAGACCGGCGCGUCACCGCCCUGUACUGCGCCAUCGCCGCCGGGAACACGCAGACGGCUGCAAUGCUGCUGAACGCCGGAGCCGAUCCCAACACGGAUCCCUUCAGCCCGCUGCUGCUCGCUGUACGUCGCGGAUGUUUGAAGAGCGUGGCUUUACUCGUAGAACACGGAGCAGACGUCAACGCUCGUCCGUCAGACCCGGGCAGUGAUUUUCCAGGAGUCUUGCUGUACGCUUCACAUCUGAAUGUUCUGCACUAUCUGCUGGACAACGGCUGUGAUGCUCAGAGCUGUUUUAAAUGUGAUCAAUGUCACACGGACCACAAUUGGCCUCCGGUUCACUUUACACCAGUCAACACAAGCCAAAGAAGUCUUGUCUGCACCAAACCAACCGUAAAGUUUUGUGAAUGGAUGUGCUCGUCGUCCUGGAGUCAAAGAGCCGGCGCUGUCAUUCAUUUACUCUUGGAUUAUGUAGGAAAUGUUCAGAUGUGUAGUCGGAUCACAGAUCUUCUGCAGAGGAAUCACGAGUGGCUCACCAUUAAAGAGAAAACAUCAUCGCCCCGGCCGCUGAUGCACCUCAGUCGGCUGAAGAUCCGAGAGCAGAUGGGUUCUCAACGUCUUUCCUCUGUAAACACACUGCCACUUCCCAACCCAAUGUUGCGUUACGUGUGUGCUCUACAACCUACACGAUCCAGCGCACAAGUUUCACGUUCUUCUCAUGGACACAUAGACACAGAUGUCUGGAUCUGAAUUUAA